AGCUGUGGAAGAAAGAAGGCGAGUAAAUCUAAGGCGCAUUUAAGAAUGAGUGACAGCGAUAAUGACGAAAGUGAACUCUACAGCUCAGAGAACUUUGAUCAAUUAAUGAAAGAAUUAUUAAAAAAAGCCGCACCUGUACCGAAUGACUACGACCAGGAUCGUUACUGCCGUUACACAAACAGCCUUCUGUCGUUGUAUGGUGACGAGAGAUGCAUGUUAGUUGGUAGUACUGCUGAACGGACUAGGCUUCGGUUAAACCAGGAUCAAGGUGACAUUGACUAUCUGAUAAUUUCCGAAAUACAAAUCAGAUCAAAUUUUCUUCAUUACAAUGAAAAAGACCCAUGUAUUGUGCGAAUCGACGGCAGGGAAUUACAUGAUGAACUUCCGGUUGAGCUAAUUGAUGGAAUGUAUCUCCCUAGCAACCUUCUCAAAACAGUCAGAAGCGAAGCUUUUACAGGUCUACGUGGCUUAUUCUCCUUGGUGUUGUUGAUUAGUACAUUCCAAGGUCAGCACAUCCCUCAUAUAAACAUAAAUAUACCAAACAAGCCAGGUGUUACCCUUACCAACUACACCGACUGGCUCUGUGACGAAAUCCAGAAUGCAUCAAGAUCAACUACAACCGAUGCUGACAAAGCUUACGGCCUAUUUCGCCAAAGGAUAAGAAAUUCGCCAUUUUUGAUGCACAUGACUGCCAAUGUUAUUCUAGUUUUGAGAAAGCUGGCACUUUUGGCGAAAACUCUGAGUGACAAUCAUGGGAUUCAUUCACAAGUCUUUCAAUAUUUGAGUCCUUUGGUAAAUGCAGUAACAGACGAAAUCAACAGUUCGUCAAGAACCUCGCUCGGAGUUACCCAACAAAACUCGACGGCCGCUGAGGAAGAACUGGGGUCACCAAGACCUACAAACAGCGAAGACGUCGUUUAUGCAAGUUACCGAUGGAAAUCUCAGAAGAGGUUUAUAGCAGCAUUUCCUGUUGACGGUCCACCAAAACAUAUAGAUACGUGGAAAGCACGCGUAUGUGGCAAGGUUUGGCCAGGAAGUGACGUUGUGAACAGUAUUUGUAACAGUGAUUUUUAUGUUGUGUGUAAACCGGUGUCACAAGAAGCGUCAGAAGAGAGUACUGACUUUUAUUUGUCCUACAUCUCGGCAGAGAUUCAGCUAUCUGCAUGUAUGCAUCCUGUCCAAAAGAACUGUCUUCUUAUAAUCAAAGCGUAUCAAAACUGCAUGUUAGAGGAAUAUUCUGAUAAACUUGCUACGUUCCACUGGAAAACGGCGUUGUACUGGGUAUCAGAAAAUGUGGACUACUCACAGCUUACGAACGACAUGGAAGAAAAUGUGAUAGGCUUAGUGAAGGCAGUAAUAGAUUACAUGCUUACAUGUCUUCAUAAAUGUAAUCUACAGCAUUACUUCAACCAUAGCAACAUCAUCGGACAUUUGGACGCCAUAACUACAGGCAUGAUUGUUGAUAAACUCACAGAAAUUCUUGACGAUCCCGUUGAAGCGAUUCGGGAGUUUUUCAGAUAUGAGGAUGUAAACAGUAGUGUUAAGACUAUAGAAGUGUCUCGAUCCUACGUAGAAAAACUACAGAAAUCGCUACACAUGGACGCAGACAAAUUUGUCGUUGAUAUGAUUGUUUCUGCUCUAGAACAGUUUGUAAGAGAACCACCUCAGUCGUUUGACGAUGAACCAUUGCUAAAAAAAGCGGUGGUGAAGGUGGCCGCAGCGAUUUGUACCGAUUUAACGAAGGAUUUGGUGAGAAAGGGGAGAGCAUUAAUGGUACCAGUCGACAGAAUCAUGAAGACAUUUGACGCUUAUCUUACAGCGCCUGAAUCGAAAACACACGACACAAUGUUUGCGUUAUUUACCGUAUUCGAACUAUCUGGUUUACUGAAAGAAAUUAAAUAA